AUGCCUAUCGAGCUGCUUGGAAGGGACCAAAUCGCGGUGUCGUACGGCGAGGAUGAAGAGGAGCCCGUAUGGGCGCGGCAGAGACCAUGCGACUGGCGCUCGCGGGCUAUGCGUUGGGCUGCGGAACGGGCUCGCCACGCUCGCAAGGCAGUAGAAACAUGUACCAUUCUGCGAGUGGGCAUCGUGCACUGGGUGAUGCUGGCAGUGUGGGCGGCGCUGCUGCUGAAGAUAGCCUCUGUGUACGGACGGUGGUACGCGCGCUCCGCGCUACUCACGACCAUAUGUACCAACGCGCUGCUGUUCGGCACAUCGGACAUACUCGCGCAGUGCGUGCUGCAGUACACAUGGGCGCCGGUUGACCCGACGCCCGCCCCGCUAGACGCCACGGCGCGUGCACUGGCGGUGCGGUAUGCUUUGUUCACGGACCAGGAGUCCGACACCGAUAGCGCGUCGAUCUUCAACGAGUAUGGGCCGGGCGCGUCCUCGUCAGAGGUCGCGUCGGGCGCAGUAGCGCCAUCUCCACCCCUAGGGCAGCCCCUGUGUCCGCCGUUGUUCGACUUCUACCGCUGGCUGUGCUUCAUGGCGUGGGGCUCGUUCCUGUCGUUCUUCCAGGUGCCCUGGUACCGUAUUCUCAACUACCUGUAUACCGAAGACCCUACUGUCGUGCAAGUUCUCGAGAGGGUUCUCUCGGACCAGCUGGUCUACUCUCCGAUCUCACUCUACUGCUUUUUCAUGUACGCGAACUACAUCAUGCAGAAGGGCGACGCGGCAAGCUUCCGGGCCAAGAUCCAGAGGCUCUACAUCGGAACGCUCGGCUGCAACUACUUGCUAUGGCCCGCGGUCCAGUUCAUCAACUUUUUGGCUGUACCAAAGCAUCUUCAAGUACCCUUCAGCUCGUCCGUGGGGGUUCUCUGGAACUGCUUCCUGUCUAUGCGCAACGCUUCGCAUCCGGCAAAUUAA